CGGGGCCAGGCCCCGCCUCCUCCGCCGAGGCCCCGCCCCUCGCAGCGCCCAUGGCGGGGCUCGCGCACGUCCUCGUGCACGUGCGGCGCGGGGGGGUGGAGGGGCCCGCGCGGUUCGGCCAGAGCGUCACCGGCGCCUUCUGCGCGGCGAACGAGGACGCGGCCACCGUGAGCUGCCGCCUGGAGCGCGGCCGCCUCAUCCUCGCCGACGCCGCCUUCCCCGGCUCCACCGAAACCCUCCUCGAGAGACCCCCCGGGUGCCCUGCCAAGCUGCUGGGGCAGCAGCCGGCGGCCCCCGGGACACCGGGGCCCCGCGGGGUGGCCGCCGCGGUGGCCGUGCUGCUGCAGGCCAGCACCCGCCGCGUCCUGCUCACCCGCCGCGCCGCCGCCCUCGCCGGCUUCCCCGACACCUGGGUGCCGCCGGCUGCUGGACACGGGGCUGCGGGAGCUGGAGGAGGAGACGGGCCUGCGCCUGGCAGCCGGCACCUUCUCCUGGAGGAUGCUCGGCCUCUGGGAGUCCGUCUACCCCCCCGCGCUGAGCCGGGGGCCACCGCGGCGCCACCACGUCGUCGCCUACCUGCUGCUGCUCUCCGCCGAGAGCCACGAGCGGCUGCAGGCCAGGAUGCGGCCGGACGAGAGGGAGGUGAGCGCUUACGCGUGGCUGGAGCCGCCGGUGCUGCGGCGCAUCGCCGUCCCGGACGGGGCCGAGGGCACCCUGCCCGCUGCCGUCAGCAUCACGGAGCUGCGCGGCGGCUCGGCCCGCGCCACCGAGGUCCCUCCCGCCGCCUUCCUGGCCGCCGAAGGGGACGACGUCGAGCGGGUCAGCGGCGGCACCAAGUUCGCCCUCCGGCGCUGGCUGGAGGCGGCCGGGGAGCCGGUCGGGCCCUAGGGCGGCAUCGGGCCGCUCCCGGAGCCGCUCACUGCGGGCGGAGGAAUAAAGCUGCUUCUCGCUGGGUCCCAGCUCGUUUCCCUGCUCCUCGGCUGCGGGAAAAGCGGAGCGGAGAGGUUAGGUGACGCGGCCCGGGCUCUUCCCUCCCCACCACCCCGGCAGCGGGGCUGGGACGGCAAAACCGGCCCCGCAGACCCCUGCGUCGCCUCGCGCCGUCCCCUCUGCUGCCUGGGGAGGCCGGAGAGGUGCAGGGAGCCCCCAAAUGCCAAAUCCUCCCUGGUCCCCCGGGAUCGCGGGGCACAAGAGCAGAAGCAAAAGCUGGGCUCGCGCCCCUGCAAACCCGAGGGGGACGAGCACGGCCGCGCUCACGCGAUGAAAGCGAGGUCAAAGCACAGAUCAGCAGCUUCUCAGCGUUUACAACUUUAUUGCAUCGAAAUAUUGACUGCGGUUACAAGAAAUAGGGAACCGUCCAAGCAGGAUACCGCGCGCCACCCCCCCCAUCCCUCCCCCCCCCAGCACGGAAAGGCGCUUUGCUUUAACGCUCAAUAACAGAGCAGUUUAAAAGGAAAAAAAAGGUGCUAAGAAUUGCUACAUAUGAGACCUGUCCGUGCUCCGGGCCGGCCCUGCCGCGGAGCCGCGACGUCCCCGUGCUGCAUGGCAGCGGGGCCGCGGCAGAGCCCAGCCAGCCCGUGUCGGCAGGACGCUCGCAAAGCGGCAGGUACGACGCUGUAAAGGUUACAAACUAAAGUGUACGUUUAAAUACAUAAAUAAUCUGUGCAAUGGGCGAAGCGUCGUCCCCAGUGGAGACGGCGCAACCUUCAUUUAGUCCUCACGCAGAGAGAGCAAGGGGGAAGUCUUUGGAGUUUUAUAUGUACAAAAAGCUGCAACUGAAAAUAUAGAUAAUCUAUUUGUUCUCUGUA